GCCGCGGCGGGCGGGGGCAGGCAGCGCAGGCGCGGAAUGAAGGCCCGCGGCCCUGGGGGCUGAGGCGCCCGCCGCCUGGGGCGGGCCGCGCGUCCUCAUGGAGGCCGGAGAGGAACCCCUGCUGCUGGCUGAACUCAAGCCGGGGCGCCCCCACCAGUUUGAUUGGAAGUCAAGCUGUGAAACCUGGAGUGUGGCCUUCUCUCCAGAUGGUUCCUGGUUCGCCUGGUCUCAAGGACACUGCGUGGUCAAGCUGGUACCCUGGCCCUUAGAGGAGCAGUUUAUCCCUAAAGGAUUCGAAGCCAAAAGCCGAAGCAGCAAGAAUGAUUCAAAAGGACGGGGCAGUCUGAAGGAGAAGACACUGGACUGUGGCCAGAUUGUAUGGGGGUUGGCCUUCAGCCCAUGGCCCUCUCCACCCAGCAGGAAACUCUGGCUCCGUCACCAUCCCCAGGUGCCUGAUGUCUCCUGCCUGAUCCUGGCCACAGGUCUCAACGACGGACAGAUCAAGAUUUGGGAGGUGCAGACAGGGCUCCUGCUCCUGAAUCUUUCUGGCCACCAAGAUGUUGUGAGAGAUCUGAGCUUCACACCCAAUGGCAGUUUGAUUUUGGUCUCUGCAUCCCGGGAUAAGACUCUUCGCAUUUGGGACCUGAAUAAGCACGGUAAGCAGAUCCAGGUGCUGUCCGGCCAUCUGCAGUGGGUUUACUGCUGCUCCAUCUCCCCUGACUGCAGCAUGCUGUGCUCUGCAGCUGGUGAGAAGUCGGUCUUUCUGUGGAGCAUGCGAUCUUACACACUAAUUCGGAAACUAGAAGGCCACCAAAGCAGUGUUGUCUCCUGUGACUUCUCUCCCGAUUCCGCCUUGCUCGUUACAGCUUCGUAUGACACCAGUGUGAUCAUGUGGGACCCCUACACCGGCGAGAGGCUGAGGUCACUUCAUCACACUCAGCUCGAAGCCCCCGUGGAUGACAGUGAUGUCCACAUGAGCUCCCUGAGGUCUGUGUGCUUCUCCCCUGAAGGCCUGUAUCUUGCUACAGUGGCAGACGACAGGCUCCUCAGGAUCUGGGCUCUGGAACUGAAGGCUCCCGUUGCCUUUGCUCCUAUGACCAAUGGUCUCUGCUGCACAUUCUUCCCACACGGUGGAGUUAUUGCCACAGGGACGAGAGAUGGCCAUGUCCAGUUCUGGACGGCUCCGCGAGUCCUGUCCUCACUGAAGCACUUAUGCAGGAAAGCCCUCCGACGUUUCCUGACUACGUAUCAAGUCCUAGCACUGCCAAUCCCCAAGAAGAUGAAAGACUUCCUCACGUACAGGACUUUGUAGCAGCGCCAGCCCCCAUCUCCUGCAGCAGAACCAGUACCAGGGACUGGCGAGGAUGGAGCCAGGCAGACCACGCUGGACCAGUGUGGACCUUCCUCCCCAUGGCAUGUGCAAGUAGGUCUGAGUGAUCCCACUUCCGUGGUGCCAGCCUUACCUCGCCUUCGUCCGUUGUGAGCAGCCUUUGUCAGUCUAGUUGUGUUGAAGCCAAGUGCAGUUGUGGAAGUCGUGUGGGUAAUAAAAGCAAGCAGGCUCCAGAGCCUCUCUGGUGGUGGCCAAGUCCACACUCCCUUAACUGGGAAGUGCCUGCCACGUAGGGUCCCUGCAGCCUAUUUCCAGGCAGCAGCUGCAUGGUUUGAAGUUCCCUCUGUUCUGGUGAGAGGAACUUUGAUAUUUGCUUCCUUACUCAGCUGCACACAAACUGGGCUGUGCUCCUCACCAAACACUAGUACCGGCUUUUAUUUUCCUUUAAACAGUGGUGUGCAUGUGUAGAAAAUGACAAACGAGUAUAUCAGAUCAUACAAGGAGGUGUUCCUCAACUGCAUGACGGUCAGACGGCCAUUAUCAGCAUCAUAUUUAUUUGUGUUUUCUCAGCAGAUACUAAGGUACAACUGUGUUUUCUCAAUUGUCUCUAAGAACCAGGGUUCUUAAGUGGCCCAGUUGUGGAGCCAAGUCUUAGCUGUGUGGAGUCAGUGUUGAUGUCACUGGCUUGUGCUGUCACGUGCGUUUGUCUCUGCUGCUUGACCUCACGGGAUUUACCCUCCAACUCCAACUGCCCAGAACAGACAGCCCCUUCCAAGCACCGUUCUUUGGCAGCGGUAGCAGCUACCUAUUCAAGACGCCUCACACAAAAUCUGCCUUAGGAAAGUUAAUAUAUUUUAAAUUAUUUUAAAAGAAACAGCAUCCUACUCUUGGGCCUUUCUUAAUUGAUGCUUUAUGGAGGCAGUGCUAACAUUGCAGUGUGCACAGGAUCCCCUCUGUUAUUUGAAGAAGUACAUUGCAAAUGAGGCUUUCAUUGAAGGGAGAAAAGAGAAAAAGAAAAA